CAUAAGAACACGUACCGCAGCAAAGGAGACAAGUGACAUGCACUUCUAAAAUCACCAGCACUGUUGAAAACUAGCUAUUUUUUUUCACACAUUUUGAAAUGUACGGAUCUCACCGAAUGUGCAACGUUUCACGGAUCACCGACCAAGAGCAAGUCAAAUUACAAAAGAUCAAAGAACUGACAAGCAUUUUAAAGGACACGGACAAGAACCUCACCAUAUGCGAAGAAAUAUUGGCGACUUAUGUAAAGAAACGAUUAAAGGAGAAAAGAGAGGAGAUACAAAGAAGAAAUGAACUAGAAAACAAGAUGACCGAGAUAUUGGAAAAUUUGAAAACGCGAUUAUUGGUUGAAUAAAUCGAGUUUUAAAUAUAUGUAUUAUAUAUCAUUUCUAUAAUUUAUGAUGUAUGUUAUAUUUCCGUUCUUUGUUAUUAUGUUUUGCGUGAUCUUAUAAAAAAUAAAAUAAUAUUAUAUUGA